CGCAUGGUAUCUGAUCCUACAUUCCCACACGCAAAAACCGCCACGAACAAAUUCGUGAACUAGAAAUCUCUUUCCCUAUUUUUCAUUUAUUUAUUUAUUUAUUUUUUCCUUCUUGCUAUAAGGUUUUAUCCCACUACGACCAUACGCGGGACCCGAAUUUAAAAAAAAAAAAAGAAAAAAAAGAGAAGCGUUACGGGAAUCCGAUCCAUUUUGCCUUUCCGGCGAGACUUUUUUUUGUUUGUCAUGUCGACGGCCACCGAGGAGGCCGAUCGUAUUUCGUCGUCGUUGGGAGGUGAAAGCACGGAGGACGAUAAGAAGCCAUUCCUUCCUCGGAUUAUUACGGGUGGUGGUGGUGGUGGUGGUGAUAGUAAGAAUCAGAGCCGACGACGACUCGUUUCGAAGUCCGUCGUCGGACCUAGUACGCCUCGGCAUCUCAAAGCUGUUGGCCGUGAAAUCGAACAUGCUGCCAAAGAGACUUAUUUGAUCACUCGCCUCGCAUUCACUCUCCUAAGAUAUCUCGGGGUAGGCUACAAGUGGAUCACAAGAUUUCUUGCGCUUACUUGUUAUGCAUUGCUACUUAUGCCUGGCUUUCUUCAAGUUGCCUAUCAUUACUUCUUCUCAAGACAGGUCAGGAGGAGUAUUGUAUAUGGAGAUCAACCAAGAAAUAGGUUAGAUCUAUAUUUACCUACAAAUACUAAUGGACCAAAGCCAGUUGUGAUAUUCGUAACUGGUGGAGCUUGGAUCAUUGGGUACAAAGCAUGGGGUUCCCUUUUAGGACUGCAGUUGGCAGAAAGAAAUGUCAUAGUGGCGUGCCUUGAUUACAGAAAUUUUCCCCAGGGUACCAUUAGCGAUAUGGUGAAAGAUACUUGUCAAGGGAUCUCAUUUGUAUGCAACAACAUAGCUAACUAUGGAGGUGAUCCUAACAGAAUUUAUCUAAUGGGGCAAUCAGCUGGUGCACACAUUUCUGCAUGUGCUCUCUUGGAGCUAGCAGUCAAAGAAUCCAAGAAAGAAAAGAGCAUGUCUUUAAGUGUCUCUCAGAUACAAGCUUAUUUUGGUUUAUCUGGAGGGUAUAAUUUACCUAAAUUAGUCGACCACUUCCAUUGUCGUGGACUUUAUCGGUCAAUAUUUUUAAGCAUCAUGGAAGGUGAAAAAUCCUUGAAACUAUAUUCUCCUGAAGUUAGGAUACAGGACCCAAGCAUUCAACAUGCUGUUUCUCUCUUGCCUCCUAUCAUUCUUUUUCAUGGAACUGCAGAUAAUUCCAUACCUUCAGAAGCCAGUCAAACUUUUGCAGAUGCUCUUCACAGGGUAGGGGCUCGAGCUCAGCUUGUACUAUACGAUGGCAAGACUCAUACAGAUUUGUUUCUUCAGGAUCCUCUGAGAGGUGGUAGAGAUGAACUGUUUGACAACUUAAUUGCUGUGAUACAAGCUGAUGACAAGGAAGCUCUUGACAAGGAUGCUAUAUCACUUCUCAGGAGACGCCUUGUACCGGAGUUUUUGUUGAGGAUGGCUCGCGAGAUUAGCCCCUUCUAAACCCUGUCCUCCUGGCCUCAUAGUUCUGAAUUUUCUUUUUUUCUUUUUUUUUUUUCAUAACCAGCUAGGGUCCUUUUUAGUGGCGUUUGUAAUGCUUACUUAUGGUCGUCCAAUGUGUAUCUCCCUUUUCUGAUAUUAUGAAUUGGAGAGAGACACCAGGGUUGUAAUCUUAACAUUGAUGUAUCACAUGAUUUAUAUUGCAUCAAUACAAGUUUUGCUUUUAAACAAAAAUAAA